UGCAAAACAAAGUUUUGUGCAUUAGUUUUUAGAUUACGGUAUGAAAUCGACAUUAUCGUUUGUCGCUUGAAUCUGUAAAUCAUAAGGACAAGACUGCUGUCAUGUCACUGAAUUAUUGACCGCACGACAUUCAAAGGUUGACAGUUCAGUAGCUAGAGAUGUGGCCUGAAUUUAAUCUGUUACUAUGUGUUACUACUGAUUUACCUGCAGUAAACCUACAGUAAAGUGGUUUGGAGAAAACUGGCAUGUUAAGAAGAGCGGCGGUAAAUGGACCUUCGCUGUCAAACAGAUUACUAAUCGCAGGUUUUCAUGAUAAGGACAUAAUGUCUCGUAAAUUGCACGCGAGAAGGAUUGAAGGAAUUGACAAAAAUAUAUGGGUGGAAUUCACUCAGCUGGCUGCCGACUAUAAGGCUGUGAACCUGGGUCAAGGGUUCCCUGAUUUCCCCCCUCCUAGUUUCAUUCAAGAAGCCUUCUGCAAAGCAUUGAAUGGAGGUUUCUCCAUGCACCAGUACACACGUGCUUUUGGCCACCCAAAUCUUGUGAAGAUCCUGGCCAAGUUCUUCAGUAGGAUUGUUGGCCGGGAAAUAAAUCCGAUGGAGGAUAUCUUGGUUUCUGUUGGAGCAUAUCAAGCACUUUUCUGCACCUUCCAGGCUCUUAUUGAUGAGGGUGAUGAGGUGAUUAUUGUGGAGCCAUUCUUUGACUGUUAUCAGCCAAUGGUGAUGAUGGCGGGAGGAACAGCUAUAUAUGUGCCCCUUAAACCGAGGGAAGGCUGUGGUCCUGCUCUAUCCAGUGCUGACUGGGUGUUGUCUCCUGAAGAGUUGGCGAGUAAAUUUAGUGCUCGUACCAAAGCCAUUGUCAUUAACACUCCUAAUAACCCUCUUGGCAAGGUCUAUCUGCAGGAGGAACUUCAGGUGAUUGCUGACUUGUGCAUUAAACAUGAUGUCAUAUGCAUCAGCGACGAGGUGUACGAGUGGCUCACAUAUGAUGGAACAAAACAUGUAAAGAUUGCCAGUCUGCCAGGUAUGUGGGAACGCACUGUCACCAUUGGGAGUGCUGGCAAGACUUUCAGUGCCACAGGGUGGAAGGUGGGUUGGGCAAUGGGAUCAGGGCAUAUCCUGAAGCACUUAAAAACCGUUCAUCAGAACUCAGUGUAUCACUGUGCCACAGCUGCCCAGGAAGCUGUAGCAGUAGGUUUUCAGAGGGAAUAUGAUGUAUUCGGAACAGAGGACAGCUAUUUCCACCAGUUACCCCUCAAUCUUCAUGAAAAGCGACUAAGGCUGGCAGAUUGUCUGAAGAGCGUUGGCCUAAAACCCAUUCUGCCCCAGGGAGGAUACUUCAUGAUUACCGAUAUCUCAAAUCUUAAUAUUGACCUUACCGACCCUAGUACUAAAGACGAACCCUAUGACUACAGAUUUGUGAAAUGGCUCGUAAAAGAGAAGGGACUCGCAACUAUCCCUGUAUCUGCAUUCUACAGCCCGGAACACAGAGAAGAAUUCCAGAAAUACAUCAGAUUCUGCUUUGUUAAGGAGGACUCAACCCUGCAAGCAGCAGAGGACAUCCUGAGGCAGUGGAGUGAAAGCAAAUGAAAAUUCAAAAUUCUCCACAAUCUGAAAAGCAUGUGAAUGCUUUUUUUUUUUUGUAAGGAGAUAGCAAAGACAAAAUGAGAAUGGUUUGUAGCAGUUUACGAUAUGAAUAGUUAUUUAAAAAGCAAUUGUUAUUAUGCUUAAAGGGAUAGUUCCAGCUAAAAUGAAAUUAAGUCAUCAGUUACUCAUCCUGGUGAUGUUCCAAUGACGUAUGCAAUUCUUUCUUUACCAGACCACAAAAGAAGAAUUUUUAAAGAACUUCCCUCUCGCGCUCAUACAUAUAAUGGCAGAAUCAAGCUUUUAAAAAAACACGCAAAAGCAUCAUAGAAUGGUCUGAUUUUACAUGUCGGAUUUUCAGAGUAUUCUGAGGGUAUAUGAUAUGUUUUAGUAAAAAAAAACUGCUCGGCACAUGUUCGUGAGACUCUAACAGACAGUUCACAGUUAUUCAUAACAGUUCACUCCGACUCGUCCAGAAAAAGCACACAAGUAGUGGGACAUUUUUUAAAAAAUUUACCCUUUUGUGGUCUGAAAAAUAAAGACAUUAGAACAACACCAGGGUGAGUAAAUUAUGACUUUAUUUUCAUUUUAUGGUGAACUAUCCCUUUAAGGUUGAAUAUAUAUAUAUAUAUAUAUAUAUAUAUAUAUAUAUAUAUAUAUAUAUAUAUAUAUAUAUAUAUAUAUAAAAUACCUAAACAGAGAGAUGAAAAGCUUGCAUGGCAAAUGGGGUUAAAAAUUAAACAAAAGUGUUCACCCUGCAUUACACUUCUUAUUUCUGCCUUCUUUUUGUGUUCUAUUUAGUUUUAUGUUCUUGAAUGUACAAUUGAGGAUCAUUGCUGCCAUGAUAAUAUUCAAAAUAAUAUAAUUUUGUGCUCAAAAGCAUAUUAGUUUGUGGAAUCUUUUUAGUUGGUUAAGCAGUAUUGUGCUUUGUCAUAGUCUCAUUUUUGUUGUUGUUUGUCAUCGUAUUGGCAUGUAUUUGCUACCAUUUGGAUUAUACUUUAAACUGCAACACUGCCUGUUAUUACUGUUGACUCCACUCCAAGUUAUAAAUGACUCAUUAAUAGAUUUCUCUUAAUGUUAAACUGUUUUAUCAAAUUACUCAAUGUAAGUAUUAUGUUUGGAAACUUUUCUCAUAAAAUAUUCUAAACUACCUCAUGCAUCUGCAUGUAAAACGUUUUUUAUAGAUGAUCUAGACACUGUCACCAUAAUUUACAUAAAUAUGUUCUGGAAAACGCAAUAAAGUCUCAUUGUCACACACUGGUUUGUUUUAAAUAAAGAACACAUUAUUGAUUGCAGCAUAAUUGUAAUAAAACAAAUUUUAAUAUGC